AUGUUCAGCCAACCCUACAGAUGCAUGCGUAGUGCGCGUCGUUUUGCACCUCAGUCCCAGCCGGCCUUUCGAAUAUCACCGGCAGGCCAGCGACAACAAUUUCGACGACGCUCGACGACGCAUGGAGUUGCGGCCGCCGAAGGUGUGCACGAGGUUGGCCACCAAGCCAAUCGUUCCAACUCAGGCACAUCACAUGGACAAGCGACUGACGGGACGAAAACAGGUGCAUCGCCUGGAGGCGAUGGUUUCCGCAGGGGAAUAUCCUUCGCCUUGGCCGGCCUCGCCUUCAGCGGCCUUGGUGCCGCGGUCGCAUGGAAGACGAUGACAGCAAACGGUCUCGGCUUCUACUCGGACGUGGAGAGUUUGCGCAGAUUCAGCGUCGCCGAAGCCCAUGAUGAAAUACGUCGCGUCCACGAUUUUAUCGACAGCCACCCCCUGGUCGCCGAGCUGCGCAGCCGGCCGGAGCUGACGGAGUCGAGACCGCAUUUGAAGAUGCCAGCACAAUACCGAGAGCGCAGCCUCACUGGCGGCGCCCUCGUCGGCCCUGGAAAGGUCCCCGUGCCGGCAUCGACCUGGACAGAAUCGGGAGGCAAGUCUCUCAUCUCCAUCGUCUACGUGGGCGAUGACCUGUGCGGGCACCCUGGAAUCAUCCACGGUGGCUUCCUGGCCACUCUGCUCGACGAGGGCCUGGCGUGGUGCUGCUUCGACGCACUUCCGUACAAGAUCGGCGUGACAGCAGCGCUCAACAUCAACUAUCGCAAGCCGGCUCCCGCGGGCAACUACCUCGUCCUGCGGGCCCAGACGACCAAGGUCGAUGGCCGCAAAGCGUGGGUCAAGGGCCACAUCGAGCUCUUGGCCGAGCCGGGCGAGGAGCCGACAAUCCUCACCGAGGCCGAGGCGUUGUACGUCUCGCCCAAGUACGCGUCUGUGAGUGGCCGUUGA